UGUCGGCGAGGGAGCCAGCUAUACAUUCCCGCGCCGCUCGAUCGCUCGCGGUCGGAGGGAGUCUCCUGCUGCCUGGAUGCCUUUGUCCCUUCCCGCCAGGAGUUGGUUGGAGGCGGCCGAGCUUUUCGUGGGGGAGAGCGUUAAGAUCCCCCACCCGUUCCCGCAUCCUCUGGGGGCAGCUUUCGGCAGCCGCCUCCUCCUCCUCCUCCUUUUCCUCCUCCUCCGAUCGGCAGCCCUUUCGGCUGGACAGCGCCGAAACGAAGUUUGCGCGCCAGUCCGGAGACGCCAAAGUUGCUGCCGUCGCCGCUGCAGGUAACCCGACAACACAGCCGGCGGCCGGCGGGGAGAAAGCAUCGUCCUUGCCUUCGGGGCAAGAUGAGCUGCCAGGGGCGACGCGGAGGCCGGGUUAGGGGCUGACGCUGACCCCUCGCGUCUGUCGCUCCCCCUUCCUCUCCCAUUCAUCCUCCCGCGGGAAGGACGGCUCGAGCGCCCCAGCUAACCCUCCGGGGGUAGAUAAACCCCCCCGGGCAUGCUGCCUGGAGGAUGCUGUGGUUCCCGGUGAAGAAGAUCCGGAAGCAAUUCAAGUUGCUGCUGCUGCUGGUGCUGCUCACCUUCGCCGUCUGGUUCACCUACCUGCACAUCAACCUGGUGCGCCAAGGCAAGGCGCUGCGCUUGCACUUCGCCUACGGCCGGGAUGGUGAGCGACUGGGAGAAGAGACAGACCCUGGCAAGCGAGCAGCUGGGGCCCAUGUGCCCUCUCCUCAUAGGAAGGCUGAGGACUCCAGUGAGAGCCGGGAAGAUGAGCAGAUGGUAGAAGAUCAAGAAGUUCAUGGGUGGUUUUCUAAAAGGUAUAGUCACGACAGAACUGGAAGAGCCUCAAAACCAAAUGUAACAAGCCAUGUUCUGCCUUGGAACGAGGAGUACAAAGGGAGAGCAAACUUGCAUGUAUUUGAAGAUUGGUGUGGAGGAGCUGUGGGACAUCUAAGGAAGAAUCUGCAUUUCCCCCUAUAUCCUCAUACUCGUACAACAGUAAAAAAGUUGGCUGUGUCACCCAAGUGGAAAAAUUAUGGGCUACGUAUUUUUGGCUACAUUCAUCCCUUCAAAGAUGGAGAUUUUCAGUUUUCUGUAGCUUCGGAUGAUAAUUCUGAAUUUUGGCUCAGCUCUGAUGAGACCCCAGCCAAUAUACGUCUGGUGGCGUUUGUGGGCAAGCUGGGCUCUGAGUGGACUGCUCCAGGAGAAUUCACAAAAUUUAGCUCUCAAGUCUCGAAGCCAAUCCGUGUCCUUUCCUCCAGGCGCUACUACUUUGAGCUCCUCCAUAAGCAGGAUGACCGUGGAUCAGACCAUGUGGAAGUGGGUUGGCGAAUUUUCCUUCCCAGCUUCAAGUUUGAAGUCAUUGAUUCCCCUUACAUCUCACUCUAUACAGAUGAAUCCAGCCUGAAAAUGAAUGAGGUAGACCAUGUGCCUCAGUCUCUUGCUAGCCACGCUGACAGCUACCUCUGGAGUGCACAAAAGAAUGAACAUGGAGCUGAUAUGCUGAAGCCUGACCCUCGAGAUAUUUUCUUCCUCACUCCCCAGAUUGAGCCGUCCCAUGUGGAGAAUGUGCUGGUCCCCUGUGCCUACAGCCCCACAUAUGUGGUGAAGGACUUUCCCAUUGCCCGCUAUCAGGGCCUGCAAUUUGUCUACCUCUCUUUUGUUUAUCCUAAUGAUUUCACCCGGCUUACACACAUGGAAUCAGAGAACAAAUGCUUCUACAGAGAAUCUCCAAUGUACCUAGAGAAAUUUGGCUUUUCUAAGUACAUGAAAAUGGAUGAAGAGGAGGAAGAUCUACACCAGAGAGCCUUCCUCUUCCUCAAUCCUGAUAAUUUCCUUGACGAGGAGGAAGAAGGUGCUGAUAGUCCUGAGCCUACUGACCCUUUUCCUGAUGUCAAGAGCCCCAGUGUGUUGGAUGCCCAUGUGUUCACUGGAAUGAAGAGAAAAGAUAGGCCCGUAGCCACAAAAGAUUAUGGGAAUAAUGUGGACUAUAACAGCUUUCUUCAGAAGCAAGAGAAGUUUAAUGAAGAAGGAGACUUCACAAAGCAGCCUGUCUCUGUAGGCCCAAGCAGUGAACCUAGCCUGAGUCCUCAGACUCCAUCUAAGGGCUUCCAGGCUUCUGAGAAUGCAGCACUCUUUGGAGAACAUGUCAUCGUCCAUGGCCGGUCUCUCAGCUGGGCACAAGAUGUGGAGAAGGGAAGGAAUGAAGGUGAUCAGGGACUACUGUCAUCUUCAAAAAAAGGCAGCUCUUUCAGCCUCCAGCCACACCUUUCUGUGCCCUUCUUUGCUGGAAAGACCAAGCAGCAGAGUCCUAAGGAGGAGAAGCAAUCCAAGAAAGAGACAAACAAACCUCCUGAGAAAGUAUAUGUGACCAGGUUGCAGCCCAGUAAGAAGAAGGCCCCAUUACAGAAGGAUGUUUUCCCUGGAGUCUUCCUCUAUCCUAGGUCUCCAAGGAAGGUGCGAUGGAAUUCCAGGAUCCCUGCUCCCUCCAACAAACUUCAUUCUCCCUCUGCCCAUAGAACAUCUUCGCUUGUUGGUAAUACCACCAAGGAAACAGAUCUUUCUAAAAGGAAAGGCCUACAAGUCAGCCGGAAAUGGGAACAAUUUUAUGGUAGGCAACCUUUCAAAGGCAGUAUUAAGCGGCAGAUGCGUCCAAGUGCCUCAAUCUUGCCUGCAGUAGGGCUGUUCAGCAAAGAAAACUUUGAAGUCACCACUCCAGCAAGGACUAUGUUAGAUUUCAAUUCUUCAGAGGUAAUGCUGUCUGAAGGUGUGCAAGUGACAUCUUUCCUACAGAUGUCAGAAAUGACAGAAUCUCAACAAAAGGGGCUUGAACGCCCUGAGAAGACCCAGGAGGAAGAAGUAGAAGAGGAAGUGUCUGAUUAUAGCUAUGAAAACUCUGAGAUACAGCAGAGCUGGCUAGAGGAUUCCAUCAAUUGGCAAAGGACGUUUAGUGUCAGCCCUGUUGACUUUGAAUUGCUCCGUUCAGACUGGAAUGAUCUGAGGUGCAACGUUUCGGGAAAUUUGCAGCUGAGUGAGAGCGAGGUGGUGGAUGUGGUGGCUCAGUAUAUGGAGAAACUCAAUGAGAAGAAUGGCGGCAUCUACACCCUCUUGCGAAUCAUUAAUGUUGAGAAGCGGCGAGACACAGCCCGAGGCAACCGCUAUCUGAUGGAGUUAGAGCUGAUGGAAAGGGGCCAGAGAACAGUCCGGCUCUCAGAAUACAUCUAUGUCCUGCUCCACCAGGGCAAGUCAGAGGACAGCACUGAAGUCAACCCUGAAGGGCCUGCAACUGUGUCCACUCAAUCUCAACCACCACCUAGUGCCUGGAGUCUUCUGUAUGGAAAACCCAUCCUCUGCCGACCUUUGCGGCUCAGCUGGAGGCAUGAUGUUAUGGUACAUUUUGUCGUCCCAGUGAAGAACCAAGCACGCUGGGUACAGCAGUUCAUCUCAGAUAUGGCCAGCCUAUUUCUGAACACCAAGGAUGCCAACUUCAAUAUCAUAUUGGUGGAUUUUGAUAGUGAUGACAUGAAUGUGGAGAAAGCACUUCAAGAGGCUCACCUGCCCAGGUACCAGUAUUUGAAACGUACAGGGAACUUUGAGCGCUCUGCGGGUUUGCAGGCUGGGGUGGACGCCAUAGAGGAUGGCAGCAGUAUUGUAUUCCUUUGUGACCUGCACAUUCACUUUCCCCUCAAUAUUCUGGACAGCAUCCGGAAACACUGUGUGGAGGGAAAGCUGGCCUAUGCACCCAUUGUCAUGAGACUGGGCUGUGGGAGCUCUCCACGAGAACCCAACGGCUACUGGGAAGUAAAUGGCUUUGGCCUCUUUGGAAUCUAUAAAUCUGACUUUGAUCGUAUUGGGGGAAUGAACACAGAAGAGUUUCGGGACCGCUGGGGCGGGGAAGACUGGGAACUGUUGGACAGGUGGUCGUCAACCUACAGCCAUAAUUGGGACUGCAGUUUUGGUCACGUCACUAUUAUGGUCAUAAGAAAUUAGACCCAAUUUUAUGAUAAUUUUUAUGACUGUCAUUAAAUGAAUUGCCAUGAUCAUGAAACAAAUCCAGCUUCCCCAGUGGGUGGUUGUUGUUGUUUUGCUGGAAACUGACAAAAUUGUGAUCAUGUAACUGUGUGUAUAAGGUGUAUAAGGUCAUAAGUGCGAAUACAGUUCACAAGCCAUUUUGCCAAAGCCAUUGUAACUCUGAACCAUCAUUAAAUGAACAUUCAUAAAUUGGGGGCUAUCUUUGUUUUCUCUUGGGCUUGGGAUAGUGUACAUUGUCCUUUCAUUGCUUCAUUGAUCUUUAUUUUUCAUAUAUAUAUUUUUUGCUGUUGGUCAGCAAAGCAAUCCAGAACAAUACAGGUAGUCCUCAACUUACUACCAACUCACCAACUGUUCAGAGUUAUAACAGACAUAUCGUGAUACAGUUACAACCAAUAUUCAAAGCUCUGAUUGUCAGGGGACCUCCAUGGUCAUGUGACCAAACUUCAGGAACUCAACAACAUGGGCACAUUUACAGUCAUUUGCAGCAUCCUGCAGUCCAGAGGUGGGUUUCAACAGGUUCUGACCAGUUUUGGAAAACCGGUAGCAGAAAUUUUGAGUAGUUCAGAGAACCGGUAGUAAAAAUUCUGACUGGCCCCGCCCCCAUCUAUUCUCUACCUCCUGAGUCCCAGCCGAUUGGGAGGAAAUGGGGAUUUUGUAGUAAUCUUCCCCUGCCACACCCACCAAGCCAAGCCAAGCCCACCAAGCCACACCCACAGAACCGGUAGUAAAAAAAUUUGAAACCCACCACUGCUGCAGUCAUAAGAUUGCAGUUUUGCCAGUCAGUCAGUCAUUUUUAUUUUGGCCCAUCUUACGGGACCGCCUGCUGUUACCACAUGCCUCCCACCGACCCGUACGCUCUCAUAGAGAGGGACUUCUCAGGGUGCCGUCCGCCAAACAAUGUCGGCUGGCGGCCCCCAGGGGAAGGGCCUUCUCUGUGGGGGCUCCCACACUCUGGAACGAGCUUCCCCCAGGCUUACGCCAAAUACCUGACCUUCGGACUUUCCGCCGCGAACUGAAGACACACCUUUUUAUUCGCGCGGGGCUGGCUUGAAUUGAAUUUUAAAUGGUAAAUUUUUAUUAAUUUUAAAUGGGGUUUUUAGUGUAAGGUAAUUUUUUUAAUUCUCAGGCUAAUUUAAUAAGUUUUUUAAAUUGCAUUUUAACUGUAUUUUGUAUUGCUUGUUUUAUUCUGCCUGUACACCGCCCUGAGUCCUUCGGGAGAAGAGCGGUAUAAAAAUCAAAUAAAAAAAUAAAAAAAAUAAAAAAUCUCAGUAUGUUUUUUAGGCUUCAACAGCCAGGAUCAGCAAUCUAAAUUAGGCUUGCAAACAAAUAUAUACAAAUUCUGAAUUUGUAUUUAAUUUUUCUAAAUUCUUAGCUGUUUUGACUAUUUUAGCUGCUACAUUCUGAGCUGGAAUUUCUCUACCCUGUAGAACUGACCCAGGAAAGUGGUAUACAAGUAGUCCCUGACUUACAACAGUUCAUUUAGUGACUGUUUGAAGUUACAAUGGCACUGAAAAAGGUGACUUAUGACCAUUUUUCACACAACCGUUACAGCAUCCCUGUGAUCAUGUGACCCAAAUUCAGGCGCUUGGGAAUUGACUCACAUUUAUGACCGUUGCAGUGUUCUGGGGUCAUGUGGUCCUGUUUUGCAACCUUCCAACAAGCAAAGUCAAGCCAGAUUCACUUAACCACCGUGUUACUAAUGGAACAACUGCAGUGAUUCCAUUAACAAAUGUGACAAGAAAAUUUGUAAUAUGGAGCAAAAUUCACUUAACCAAUUUCUCACUUAGGACAUAAAUUCUGAGCUCAAUUAUGAUCAUAAGUCAAGAUUACCUAUAUAUAGAUUGAAAAAGAAGAAGAGAAUCUUUUCAGAGAAGAGAAAGAUAUUAUUGUGUCACAAUAAAUAGUUUGAAUUUUGACACAUUCUGGGAUCCUUCUCCAAGAUCUAAUACACCAGUAGGACUAGCACAAAAUUUUUCAGAAAACUAGCACACGGUUUUAUUUUUACCUGGCUUUUUAAUCAGGUAGAAAAGGCACCAUAUACAUUCUCUUGGUUUUAGACUCUUCUCAGCUUCUCUUGGUUUCCCCCUCAACUAUACAAGCUCUAGAGCCAGGGUUCGCAAUCUUGGCAACUUUAAGACAUGUGGACUUCAAUUCCCAGUAUUCCGCAGUGUGGCUUAUUUUUGUUGUCUGGGCCCAAAGCAAUUCAUACAUAUAGUAUUUCUCCAACCACAUACAUUCUUUCCCACAGUAAAGUUACUGUUUCCUUUAGUGUAUUCUCGAUGAAUCAAAGGCAAUCUCCCAUUUUGAAAAUAAAUUAUUGGGUCAGAGGGUGGGGGAACCUAGUCCCUUUGAAGUAAAGGCAGUAUAUAUUCACAAUAUAAACAAUGUGUAAGUCAGAUGCUCAACUAACCACAGACUCCUGCAUGUCCCUAGGUAGAUCAAACAGUCUUGUUUUGCCUGCUGGAAAUGGUUUGAGUUGAGAUUUUGUCAAAUCUUGAGAAAAGGAGUUCCAGAAUAACCAGUGAGGGCACCGCCCAAAAUGUUAUGCAGGGCAACAGGUUUGUUCAGAUUGAGUAUGCACGUUUGCUUGGAAAUUAAUCCCAUAGAACUUAAUAAUACUUCCUUCUGAGAAAGACGGCAGAGGAUUAUAGCCUUAGUUGUUUGAUUUGAUGUACCCAUCAUUUGUGUUUACUUCUAAAUGUAAUCCUGUCCUUAGUGAGGUCUCCUUAAAGUAUGAAGUAGUCUUGAUAAAUUGUUGAAAGAGACAAUGUACAAUAAGAACUGAGAAAACAUUUUAACUUCUAUGCAGCUAAAUGUAUCAACACACCAAUACACAUCAACACAUUUGUAAUUUAUUUAAUAACAUUUAAAUGUGGGGCAUUGCUGUUUAAAAAUACUGGAGCAGUAUGUACCAAAUGACUAAACCUAUUACAAGCUGCCAAGUAUAUGAUACCUCUAUAGGGAGAAGGCUAUAAUUGAGAAGACUACAUACUGUGUGGGAAGUACCUACUGUAUACAUAAGGCCAUAUACAGGAUCUUGCCAACUGGCCACAUUUAACAUAUGAGCCCAUUGAUACUGGAAGAGGCACUAUUUCAAAUAUUUAGGUUCUAAACCAAUUAGGGCUUAACAGACAAAAGUCUUCAUUCCAAGCCCCAUGACAGAAUAAGCGAUAAAUAAAUGGAACCAAGUUAAUAAAUGAGGCCCAGUCAGAAAAUGGGCAGUGAUAGUUUAAGGCCUGAUGCUCCACAAUCCAAUUUAGUAUCCCUUGUACCUGGGGAUACUAAUAUCAGGAUCUAGGCUGAUAAAUCUCUGAUUGGCAUCCUUCAGUCUCAAAAGACUAUGGUAUCGUGCUCUGAAAAGAGAUCCUAAAACAGCAUCUAGUGUGACUAAAAAGGCCAAUUCGAGGGUGGCAAUCUCUUCCACACUGAGUGUAGAUACAUUCUGUCCCCUUCCCAGCCCCCAGAUUUCGCUGCUUCCGGGACUGCCUCUUUGCCUCAGCCUGCUGGACAAAUGUCUCUUCGAAUUGGAGAAGGCCAUGCUGCGUCUUUAGCUUCCAAGCUGAACGAUCAGAGGUCAAGGUUUCCCAGUUGUUAAUGUCCAUUCCCUGGGCCUUUAGGUCCCUCUUGCAGAUAUCCUUAUAUCACAGCUGUGGUCUCCCUCUGAGGCGCUUUCCUUGCACUAAUUCCCCAUACAGGAGGUCUUUCGGAAUCCGACCAUCAGCCAUUCUCACGACGUGCCCAAGCCAGCAUAGAUGUCGCUGUUUCAGUAGUGUACACAUGCUAGAAAUUCCAGCACAUUCCAAGACUGUGCUAUUUGGAACUUUGUCCUGCCAGGUGAUGCCAAAAAUACGUCAGAGACAGCGCAUAUGAAAGGCGCUCAACUUUCUCUCCUGUUGUGCGUAAAGGGUCCAAGACUCACUGCAGUACAAGAGUGUGCUCAAGACGCAGGCUCUAUAGACCUGGAUUUUUGUAUGUCUACUGAUCUGGAUGAUCACUAGCUGGCAACUAGGAGGUCAUCCAGAUUUUUUUUCAGGCCAGGUAUUGUAGCACUGGCUGUUACUGCACCAGAUGCAGCUUCUGAACUAGCUCCAAAUCAUACCAGCUAAUCCAUAUAUAUGAAGAUAUAUUCCUGUUAUGCAUGAAAGGGUUCUGUAGCAGAUGUUUCCUUGGAAAAGGUAACUUUCUGUCUCUUCUUUCUCUUUUCCCUUCCCUCGCCUGAUUUACUCACAUUGUUUCUAGGGUGCUUCAGAGUGGGUUAGAAGUAGAACGUUUGCGACUCAGGAACUUUUACCAUUACUACCAUUCCAAACGUGGCAUGUGGAAUUCACACGGCAAGAAGACACCCAAAGACUAAACAUCAACUCUGCCAUCAGCUGCACUCCUCCUCCUGGUCUUCUUUAAGCAGGAACACGGAAGCAGCAGCCACUGGACUCCACAGCAGGACCCAGCACAGUUUUUCUACUGCUACAGGUAGCCUUCUGGAUGCAGCGUCUGUCAGAGGCCAGACCAAGAGCACUCGGAGUGGAGGUUUUCUACAAAACUACUAUUUAAAGCGAACCAUGUUUAUUUUGGGAUUAUUAUUUUUUUUGGGUGACUUUUCUUAAAGGGUCUAAUUUCUUAGUCAGCCAAUUGCAUUUAUUAACUCGGUAGUGCUGAAAGGCAAAGAGUACUGCUAAUAGGAGAGUGAGGUAAGCCCACCAGUAUUACUGCCAACCAGGAAUGAGCUGGUGCAGCUUCUCAAAGCUCAUGUAACUGCCAGGAAAAGUUUAUGACUGUAUUUGCCCUACUUUAACUCCUGAAGUGAUCAGGGAUGGGGGAAGAAUCUUCAAUAUGUCACAAAUGGUUCCUUCUUGAUGUGU